GCAGCCAUGAACACCCAAAGGGGUUCCCUCGUCCGCCGGGAUAUGGAUAGCUCGGGGAGAGACAUGCAGCUGCGGGUGAUCUCCGCUGAGGUGAAGUUCCUGGACACGAUGGCCGGGAGGGUGUACCGCCUCCCAAUUACUGUGCAUAAUCUUUGCCGCUGGAACCAGAAAAUCCGAUUUAAGGAGCCCAUGAAGCCACAGUUCAAACUGAUGUUGACCAGUCUGGAUAAGGAACUUGCUUCUGGCCUUCAGAUGACAGCUAUGGUGGAAUAUCAUCCUGAUAAAGACGAAGACACUUUUGACCGACUACUUAUUUCAACAGAAAAUAAAACAACAGAAUUUCCUCUAAUUUGGUUGAUUCCAUCCUGUCAAUUGGAAAUCGAAUCAGUAGUUAAUUUUGGCACAUUGAUUGCCAAUAGUAAAGUAUAUUCUAAAGAGAUUACUAUCACUAACCAUGGCAAAGCUCCAGGCAUAUUUAAGGCAGAAUACCACGGCCAAUUACCUAUCCUCAUUUUUCCAACUAGUGGUAUCGUGGAUGCUAAGUCAUCAAUGGUUAUUAAAGCAGAUUUCUGUGCAGACCAGCCAAGAAUUGUAGAUGAAGAGGCAAUAGUGAUUUUGCAAGGCCAACCUGAGAUGCUCUUGAGUAUCAAAGCUCAUGUGGUUGAGCAGAUUAUUGAAUUAUUAAACAUGAGUAGUAACAGAAGGCUGGAAUGCAUACACUUUGGUCCUGUUUUCUUUGGAUCAUCAAAAAUUAAACAUGCACGUAUAUACAAUAAUAGCCUAGAGCCCAUAAAUUGGGUGGCCAUAAUACAAGAUGAUGCCGUGGGAGAAGAAUUGGGUACAGAUAUUCUACAAAGAACAGAUAUUGCUUUAAAUAAUCUCACCUACAUAAGAAAAAUAAAGAACAUAGAUACUACUAUCAUUAUCUCCUGUCUUCCUAAUGAAGGGAAUUUACAACCUUAUCAAAAGACUGUAAUUACAUUUUGUUUCACCCCAAAGCUAAUGGCUGAUGGUAAAAAGGAUACUGGACCUUCAUACAGGCAGGACUAUGCUCUCUUUUUGAGAUUUGAGUCCAUAGGAAGUAAAGAUGGAUUUUUGGGAGAUGAUGACUAUAAAACCAUCAAAAGUGAACGAUUUCAGAAAAUGGAAUUAGCACUGACAGGCACAGGACUUCCUGUUUUACUACAGUUUGAUCCAGGACCAGUUCUUAAUUUUAAACCUUGUUUCAUGGGUGAACGUUCAGAAAUUCAGUGUAUCAUAAAAAAUCUAUGCGAAUUACUUCCUGUGACGUACCACUUUAAAAAAAUUGCAAAUUUUGAAAUUGAUCCUGAAAACGGCAAGAUUAAUGGAGGGGGUAUGGUGGAUGUGAUGUGUUCAUUUUUUCCACAUCAACUUGGAGUCUUCAAAGUGAAGCAGAUGAUGGAGAUUAUUGGUUUAGUGGCAGAAGAAGAUUUGCAAUCUUUAUCAGUAAAAUCUUUCCAUCACGUAUAUUUAGCUUUCAACAGCAUCUGCAAAGCUUCCACCAAGAAAGUUGUGAUGAAAUUUGAUCCUGGUAUAUUGCCUUCGAUGCAUAAUCCCACGGGAAAGUUUGUGGUCAAAGACUUGGCAAAAUGCAAGAAUUAUGCACCUGUAGCAAUGCUUCAAUCAGCCAUGACACGCACUCACAAUCAUCGCUCAUGUGAAGAGCUAGUGAAGGAUAUGCUAUUAGCCUUUCCCAAUGACCGAGCUGCGACUAUCAGGUCUAAAGACCAUCAUAAACAUUUCAGGCCAAUUUUCACAAAAGUUCCAAGAUUUAACUAUGUGAAUCAUGAUUUUGCAUAUACUACAUUUAAAAAACAGCAAAAGAAAUUACAUGAAAACUAUUAUGCAAUGUAUCUUAAAUAUUUAAGAAGUGUGCGCUUGCAGAAGAAACAAGCAGAGAGGGAGUGCAUGUAUUCAUAUGAUGAUACAGACAUAGGCUUAGAGCCAGGAUCAGGUCUAAAGUCACCCUGACUCUCCGAAGUGGAAAUAGAAGAGGAGCUGUCUUCAGCAGCGAAUUCAAUCAGAGCGAAUCGAUUGUUAACCACCAGGAGUAUAGCAUCUCAGGAGGAAGAGUCCGUGAGAAGAAAGGUUCUCAAAGGACUUAAAUCAGAACCAUCCACACUGCAGGAAAAACAUGAUUGCAGCUUAAUUUUGACACCAAAGCAAAUUCAUCAAGUAAUCGUUGGGCCUUCUGUCCUUAACUUUGGUGAUAUUUGUGUGAACUCUCCAAAUACUCAUCUACUUCAUGUUAUUAAUAUGCUACCUAUGCAUGUUUUGCUCCAGUUAGAUACUGAUUUAGAAGAACUUUGGAAGACCAACCAAUUUUCUGUGAUUCCACCUACAUCCAGUACUUAUAUUUCAAUGAUAUUUGAAUCUCCCACCACUGGAAAAUUUUGGAAGUCUUUCACCUUUACAGUGAACAAUGUACCCAGUGGACACAUCCUAGUGAUGGCAGUUGUCCAGCUAGUAACACUUGAGCUAUCUUCUAAUGAGCUAGUAUUGAGACCACGAAGCUUCUUCAUGAAAACAUGUUUUCGGGGGACAGUUAGACUGUAUAAUCUUCAGAAUUGUUGUGCUCAGUUUCAAUGGCAACCCGUAAACACAGGAAGUGGGAUAGCAUUUUCUAUUUGUCCAGCUAAAGGCACUGUUGAAGCAUACUCCUCACUGGAAUGUGAAGUAACAUGGCAGCAGGGCUUCAGUUCUCCAGAAAAAGGAGAGUUUAUUCUUCAUGUCUUUCAAGGAAAUGCAUUGAAGCUAAAAUGUGUUGCACAUCUUGUUCGCACCAAGGUUUAACUUUUGCAGCCAAGGAUACUCUUUCGUAAUUUCCCUCAAGGUUUAACAACUUGGAGGAAAGCCAUUCUUCAAAAUGUAGGACAAAACCAUGCUUAUUUCAAGGUUUGUAGUCAGAGUCUUUUGCCUAUCAUUAAUAUUAUUCCAUCACAAGGAAUAGUUCCAUUUGGGGGAAUAACUGUUCACAAUAUCUCCUGUAAACCCACUGUGGCAGAAAAGUUUGAUACAAGAGCAAAGGUUUCUAUUCGUCAUGCUAUAGACCUUAGGAUUGGUGGAUCUGCUAAAAUUGCUGAUGUAGAAAUCAAUCCUGAUGUAUUUAAUUUCAGUGGCGCCUAUAUUGGUGGUACCCAGAUUAUUCCAUUUGUAAUAAAAAACAAAGGUAUAACACGUGCCAGAGUGGAGUUUAAUCUAAAAGACUUUCCAGAUUUUUCAAUGGAUCUUAAAGACAAAUCAGAAGAAUUUAAAGACCCUGCAUUUCCUUAUAUAUAUUCUUUGGAAUUAGAGGAAAAUACAUCUCUGGAAUGUAGCAAAACAUUUUCUCCCAAAGAAGUGACAGUAGUUGAAUUUAUCAUUGAAGUUCAGAUUAAUUUGUCUUCAAAGCUCUACACUAAAUAUUUGUCCAGUUCUCCUUUGAAUCCAAAAACAGUACUACUUAUCCGACCAUGUUAACGUUCAAGCUACUGGUAUUAUAUUUAUGUUCCUCUCACAGCAUUGCAAUCACCAUUGAACUUAUCUAGUACUAAGUUUGUAUUUGAAAUCCCUUUACAUGAGAUGAACCCUAAUAACAAGGUCACAAAAACUCAGAAUCUUGUUUUAUAUAAUAUUACCAAACACCAUGUGACAUGGACUUUGGAUCUUAGUAAUACUGGCAAACUUUUCAAAGAUGGCACAUUCAAGUUCAGUGUACUGAAUGGGAUUCUACGACCAAAUGAAAAGUAUAAUGUUUCCAUAAGUUUCUGUCCAAAUCAUCCUGGGAAAUACACAGCAGAUAUUCCUAUGCUUUUAAAUUGUAUUCCAGUUUGCUAUAGAAUAUUAUGUCUUACUGGAGAAGUAAAAUCAGCAGAGUUAUUGUUUGACCCUCCAUUUAUAUUUUUCACUCCUGUUCCUUUGGAUGCAACAACUGUGGUGGAUAUCAACAUUUUACCUCAAAACUAUUUCAGGGACACACUCAGUCCACCCUCAAGUCCUAGGCAUGUGGUCACAUCCUCACAACAUGGUAUAGAACUAAUUCAAGGCCAGAAGUAUACCAUCUCUCAGACUUCUCUGCUUCUGACUUUCAAACCCUCUUUUGUGAUCUCAACUGAUUAUUGUGUGCCAUGGUGGUUUGCUGCACAGAUCAACUCAUCACAAAGGUUUUCACUUCCAGUUACUGCAACAGCAGAAAACUGCAUUCUUACUAUUUACCCAUAUAUGGCAGUUCAUCUGGAUAAGCAAAACAUUAUUUUAAAGAAUGAUAAGGAUGAGUAUCUUAAGAAGGAUGCUAAAUCACCCUCUCCUGCUUCAAUUAAAAAGACAUACACCACUAGCAAAUUCAACGAUGCUGAACCUGCAAAGGGAAACUUAUUUAUUGGAGUGGAAGUACUGCCUGAAAAUUUGCGCUUGGAUGAAAGUGAAACAUCAAAGGAAGAUGAUAGAUCUAUGGAAAAGGAAAAAUAUGGACAAUUCCUUUCUCUUGAAGAAGGAACAAAGGCACACUACUUUUUUGAGAAGGUUGUAAAUGCAACACAGACCUGGUUCAGUCUCUUUGGCUGGCCUGAAGGACCCCAUUCUUUUUCUAUUCCAGAGACUAUAAGAAGGGAUGUAUAUAAAAUGCAAUUCUACUCAUCAACCUCGCCACCCCAAAAGUUUUCCAGACAGAAUGACUUUUCCAAAUAUAAUAAGACCAUUUAUGAUGUGCUGCUCCAUUUGAGUGGAAAAAUGCCACCUGGAAUUAAUUCAAGUCAAUCUUUACCUGUAGAUAACCAUGAAAAAAGGGUAAUUCAACUCCAUUUACAACAUUCCUCACUUCUGGACUUUCUCAAUGCUCAAGGAGGAUGUGUUUCACAUGUCCUGCCAGAAUUUUUGCUUGCACCAGAAGAUUGUAAGAGGUGGAUUGAAAUUAUGUCUUCCACUGAUACGAUGCCUGUGGGUUCCUGUACACCUAAGAAAACUUCUAUUGUUAUAGAAAUGUCUAAAUUUGAAGCCUGGAGUAAACGGGCAUGGACAGAUGUAUUUCUACAGAUAUACAAGGUUUUGGUUCUAUCCCGUGUAGUACCAUACUGCAGCAAUAAUAUGCCCCCAAUAUGUGUGCAAAAUACACCAAAAGUCAAUCCUUGUUUUGCAUCCAGCAACAUAUAUUCUGAUUCCGAAAGAAUUUCGCUUAGUUGGAUGAACAUAAAUUAUGAGAAUACUCGACAUGUGAUAUGGAAAAACUGUCACAAAGAUGUUAUCCCUUCUGAGAGAUGGAUAGUAAAUUUUGACAGAGACCUUUCAGAUGGUCUUGUUUUUGCAACACAGUUGGGAGCCUAUUGCCCAUUCUUGAUUGAGUCUCAUUUUAUAAAUAUGUACACACAACCAAAAAGUCCUGAAGAGUACCUGCACAAUUGCCUGAUUAUUGUAAAUACUCUUUAUGAAAUUGACUUUGACAUGGAAAUACAGGCCACAGACAUCUGUGACCCAAAUCCAAUCCUGAUGCUCAAGCUUUGUGUCUACAUGUAUGAAAGACUCCCUACAUAUCUCCCUAAGAAGGUGGUGUCCUUUGAAUGUACUGUACGUGACACGGUGCUGAAUAAGAUUCUACUGAAAAAUCCCAGCUCGUGAAACUUAGUAUAUAAUGCUAGAAUUGUUGGAAGAGAUGCUGCUGACUUCUCCCUUUCCCAAAAAGGGAAUGUUGUGACAGUUUCUCCAAGAAAUGAAAUUAUUGUCACUCUGAAAUUCACCAGUCGCUUUAUUCGUCCUGCUGAAGCUUCACUACUAUUAAUUUCAAAACCCAAGAAUGCAGUAAGAGGAAUUACAAUGACUUUUGCUCGUAAAGGCAAAGUCCUCGAUUUUAAAGCCAUUAACAUUAUAAAAUGCGAAAGCCCAUGUUAUCAAUUUCAGAAAAUCACUGUGUAAUGCUGUCACCUCUCAACUGUAAAUGUGAAAAACCCCUUCUAUACGGCUGGGGACUUCAGUGUCAUUUUGGUGGAAUCCUCAACAUUUGUCUCUUCACCAACAAAGUUAACUGAAUCCAGGCAAUACCCGAAACAUGAUGAUGAUAUGAGUAGCAGUGGAAGUGACACUGAUCAGAGCUGUUGCAAUUCCCCAAAUGUCUUACAUACCUCAAUUAAGUCCACUUUUGUCAGAGAGUUCUUUUGCUCCAUGCAUACUGUUCACCUGGGAGUGAAAGGAACUUCAAGCCUAGAGCUCCGCUUUCUUCCCUUUAACAUGCGCGUGCGCUACUGUGUCAUCAUCUUGAGCAACAAAAAGAUUGGACAAUUAAUAUAUGUCGUGGAAGGAAAAGGUAUGACCCCCUUGCCUUCCAGUUGCCUUCCCGUGAAUCUUACUUCUUCAAGUCCAGUUUAUUACAGCAGUACUCGAGAAGAAGGGCCUAAUAAGAAAUAUCCAGUUCUAUAUUUGAAAUGCAAACCCAAUCAAAUCCUGUAUGUGGACCUUAAAUUGCCGAUGACUAAUGAAGCCAAGGAAAAGGCUUUGGCUUUUGCAGCACAGCAACAGAUGUCGAGUAUUGAGUAUGAGCGAAGGUUGAUCACAGACACUCUAGAGAGCAGUAGUAUCCGUGUGGCCAUUGCCCUCCUGGGACUGAUGAAGAUCGAGACUCUUAUGCUCUUUCAGAUCUCAAAGUUGAGGAAGACUAAGACCGUUUCAUACACAACAGAAGUGAGCCUUCCAGAAUAUUUUUAUAUCCCUGAGAAAAUCUACAUUCCUCGGAUUCCAGAGCCUCAAGCAAUUAAACUUUCAAAAACAAAAGCUUCAGAUGGAUCUGUUCCACUUCCUUUGCAGUUUCUUCCCCUCCAACCUGGACGCUACCCUUGUAAAAUUUUAUUGAAAUCAAGAUAUGAUGUGCGUGCCUAUUACGUUGAAGGUAUUGUGAAUGAAGAACAACCAGAGGCCGAAUUUGAGUUUGAAACACCGGCAUUUGAAGCCCUUACUCAGAAUAUUCUAAUAAAAAAUCAAACAAACGAUAAAUGGACAUUUCAAGUUACUAUAGAAGGAGAAUGGUUUUAUGGACCUAUUGAAUUACAUGUUGGACCAAAUGAAAUUGUGGAGUAUCCUCUCACAUUCAAACCUAUUUUUGAAUGUGUCAUUAUGGGUAAACUUAUUCUACAAAAUGAAGUAGAUGGUAUGGAGCACAUCUUUGACAUAAAAGGGGUUGGAAAAAUACCUUUGGCCUUGGAACACAUCACUGUGGAAUGUCAAGUGGGGAAUGCGAUGCAAAAACGUAUAACAUUGUUUCAUUUCACAAAUACUGCCCUAACAUUUAAGGUAACUGCAGAUCUUCCGAUAGUGUGGGGAAAUCCACAAAUUUCCGUGCACCCUUAUAAAGAAAUUCUGUACCUGAUUCAUGUGCGCCCUUGGAAACGUAUAUUGAAAGGUACAAUUACAUUUUCUACUACAAGAAGGAAACAUGAUGAUUAUGAGGAAGACACAGAUCAAGGUCAAGCCCUCUCCUGUCUUGAUUCAAUAACAGAACGGUCUAGCAUUUUGGAUGAUGCAGCCACAUAUGGUAAUUUUAACAAUUUAAGAUUCUGGUAUAAUCUUAAGAUCCAUAGCACUCCUGGACCACCCAUAGAGAUUAUGGAAAUGACAUGUAUUGCUCUGGACAGCACUUGCAUUGAAAUACCUCUCUCUAUUCCAAAAGAUAGAGAUCUUCACUUAGAUGUGCAGUUAACGAGUGCUGCCCUUAAUGGGGAUAACGAAAUUAUCCUGAGUCCACUACAGUGCACCAAAUAUACUGUAUGGUAUUCUCCAGCAGCUACAGGCUAUAGCGAUGAAAGCAUUAUUUUUCAGCCUGAAAUGGCUGAAGAGUUCUGGUAUUUACUGAAAUUAACUAUUGAAUUACCAAAACCAACCACAAUGCCAGAAAUACAGUGCGACCUUGGCAAGCACGUCACUCAGAUCAUUCCUUUAGUUAAUCAUACGCAUGAAACCUUAAAAUUGCAAGCAACAAACGGUAAUCCUGAAAAUUUUGUCCUGGGUAUUAACAGAAAAUCACAACUGAUCAUAUCUCCUCACUCCACCACAGAAUUACCUGUUCUCUUUUAUCCUUCUGCACUUGGAAGAGCUGAUCAUCAAGCUUGCAUCAACUUCUACUGUACUCAGUUUACAGAAUGGAAAUUCUACUUAUCUGGAGUAGGACUAUAUCCCCAGCCUCUAGACACGGAAAGAAUAACCACACGCAUUGGUCUUUGGUCAACUAUUGUUAUACCUUUCAAAAAUCCCACAACGGAAGAUGUCCUCAUUGAUAUAACACUGACAAGUGUGGAACAUCCCAGGAAUCUUGUCCUUGAUCAUUGCCAGGAUAGCUUCAUCUAUGAGAGUUCUGCCUUCAGAUUUGGUUCUCUGAGUGAAAUACAAGGAAUUGCACUGCCUCCUAAAGGAAAUAUAGAUAUCUCAUUGUUAUUUAUACCUCAAAUUAUGAAAUUACACAAAACAAUGGUUAUUAUUGAGAUGAAGAAAGCAAAUGGAAAAUAUUGGCCUAUUGACAAUUUUGAUGAGUUUGAUAUAGAAUUUAAAAGUAUUAUGAGAAUCGACAGCGAAGAAAUCCAAGCAAUACACUGGAUAUACCCUAUUGUUGGACUCCCACAAGCACCACCUCCUAAAUCUCCUCCAGUUGUCAUACAAUGUCAGUCCAGGAAGCGGGCAGAAGAGAAAGUGGAAAUCAUACUGAAUGCUGGUUUUUUCGGAUAUAGUCUUACUCCAGAUCUGACAGAAGUUUUAGUGAUUCCAAAAAGAAAUUCACAUAAUUUUUGUGAGGAUCCCAAUGAAAUUCGUAAAAUACAUGAAUUUGAGUAUGAAAUUCAAUUUGAAUCUGAAGCUAUGAAGUCUAAGUUGGAAUCCUGUGUAGCUUUAUAUAUGAUUGAAAAAUCUUAUGAUAUUAUGGCUAAAAGGAUAACAUUUAUCUUCAAUCUGGUAUUCACACCAAAGAAACCAUUAAGGUCUCACAUAACACUGAAAAUAGAGUGCGUAACAGAAGGGAUCUCGAAGUUUCCCAUAAUGUUGAUCGCUACUGAGCCUGAUACGGAUGCUGUCAUUGACAUUGAAGGAGUUGGUUUAUUUAAGGAAUCUGUUUUUGAACUUAGGCUGAAAAGUCAGACAAGAAAUCUUGAGCCAUUCACUGCACGCUUCCUACCUGGCAGUGAUCUGGAGUUUUUUGUAAAACCUCAGGCUGGAGAACUUCUUCCUUUUAACACAAACGGAACUCUCAUCACUGUAGGAUUUAAACCUCAAAUGUACUCUAGGAAAUAUAAAGCAACAUUAGUAAUACAGACAGAAGAAAUGUACUGGAAGUAUGAGAUCAACAGAUUAUCUCCAACUACCAUGCCACCGAAAAAUGCAAAAGCCAAAAUCGAUGCUACUCACAAGACACAUGACAACAUGCCAGUCCGUCCACGUAAUUUUGUCCGUGAAAAUACUAAACUCAUAAGAACGGGGGUGUCUUCCACCAUCAAGGGUGCUCGUUUGGUGAUGAAGAAUCAAUAAAAUUUUUUUCCAAAAUAUUUCUUGGUCUCAGGUAGAACUUUGAUGACUAUUAUUUCAUCUUUUGGAAUAUUUCUGAGGAAUAAUGGUUUAAUU